AAGGCGGUGGCUGUGUGCCUCCCCGCCCCAGCGUCUCGUGGGAUGGAGGGAUGGAACAGAUGUAUGGGCGGUACACCCAGGAGCUGGGUGUGUAUGCCAAGGAGGAAGCGGCCCGCCUACGUGAUGGAGGUGUGCGGGAUGGCGGAGGACUGCGGAGGAACACCAGCGUUCGCAGUCGUGCUGCAGAUCUGCUGGACUAUGAGAAAGACCCUUGUGCAAAGUGCCAUUUGUGUGCGUCUCGCUGCCAGAAGUUCCUGAUCUCGCGGGUGGGGGAGGACUGGAUCUUCCUCAUUCUGCUGGGUCUGCUCAUGGCUCUGGUCAGCUGGGUCAUGGACUACGCCAUCGCCUUCUGCCAAGAAGCACAGAAGUGGAUGUAUGGUGGACUGGACAGCAACAUGCUUCUGCAGUACAUCGCCUGGGUCACCUACCCUGUAGUGCUCAUCACUUUCUCAGCAGGAUUCACUCAGAUACUGGCCCCUCAGGCUGUGGGUUCAGGUAUUCCUGAGAUGAAGACGAUACUGAGAGGUGUCGUACUUAAGGAGUACCUGACGUUCAAGACGUUUGUGGCCAAAGUCAUCGGUCUGACCUGUGCUCUGGGCAGUGGGAUGCCUCUGGGGAAGGAGGGACCCUUCGUUCAUGUCGCCAGUCUGUGCGCCGCUCUCCUGAGCAAGUUCAUGGCUCCUCUUUUUGGUCGGAUUUACAUGGAAGAGCCCUUUGAGGGAAGCAAGAACGAGCUGAGGAACACGGAGAUGCUGUCGGCUGCCUGUGCAGUGGGUGUGGGUUGCUGCUUCGCUGCCCCUAUUGGAGGGGUGCUGUUCAGCAUUGAGGUCACUUCAACGUUUUUUGCGGUAAGGAACUACUGGAGGGGCUUCUUUGCUGCCACCUUCAGUGCCUUCAUAUUCAGAGUGCUGGCGGUGUGGAACCAGGAGGAAGAAACCAUCACUGCUCUCUUUAAGACCCGUUUCCGUCUAGACUUCCCGUUUGACCUUCAGGAGCUGCCGGCGUUCGCCAUCCUCGGGAUUGCCUGUGGUUUUGGUGGGGCUCUCUUUGUCUACCUGAACCGGCUGAUUGUAGAGUGCAUGAGGAAGCAGAAGACUAUUAACAAGUUCUUGCUGAGGAAGCGUCUGGUGUAUCCCGCACUCGUCACCCUGCUGGUCUCCACUCUCACGUUCCCUCCGGGUUUCGGGCAGUUCAUGGCCGGACAGCUGACGCAGCACGAGUCUCUGGUCGCACUGUUUGACAACCGCACGUGGUGCCGCCACGGCGUAGCAGAGGAGUUCGAUUACAUCAGCCACCACAACGGCUGGAAACACCCGCAGGUCAACGUCUUCAUCACACUCAUCCUCUUUAUCAUCAUGAAGUUCUGGAUGUCUGCCGUGGCCACCACCAUGCCUGUUCCGUGCGGAGCCUUCAUGCCAGUUUUUCUUAUCGGUGCAGCAUUUGGCAGACUUGUUGGAGAAAUCAUGGCAACCAUGUUUCCUGAUGGCAUACAUGCUGACGGCAGCGUGUAUCCCAUAGUUCCUGGUGGUUAUGCUGUAGUCGGCGCUGCAGCGUUGUCUGGAGCCGUCACCCACACUGUAUCCACAGCAGUCAUCGUGUUUGAGCUGACUGGUCAGAUCUCCCACAUCCUGCCUGUGAUGAUCGCAGUGAUCCUGGCCAACGCCGUGGCCCAGUCGCUCCAACCAUCACUGUACGACUCAAUCAUCCGCAUCAAGAAACUCCCUUAUCUGCCUGAACUCGGCAUGGGACAUCACGAGAAGUAUAAUAUCCGUGUGGAGGACAUUAUGGUCAGGGAUGUGCGCUACAUCACUCUGAACUCUUGCUAUCGGGACCUGCAGGAGAUGCUGCUGACCGGUCAGCUCAAGACACUGGCUCUGGUUGAGUCCAGUGACUCUAUGAUCCUGCUCGGCUCCAUAGAGCGACUGCAGCUCCAGUCGCUGCUCUCUAUUCAGCUGGGCCGCCAGCAGAGGCUGGAGUACCUCCGCCAGCUGGCCCAGGACAACGGCAUGCACGAUCACCUGGCCAGCCUGACCACCGACAGCACGCCCAGCUCCCCCUGCUCUCACACCAACAUCAACGCCUCGACCAACACCAGCGCACGGCAAGCGGUCCGCUUCCUGGUGAGCACCCAACAGAUCUCCACAGAGGAGUCUUCCUCCUUCAGCCCAGUGGUUUCCAACGCUCAACUUCCUCUGAAAUCUGCCUUGAAAACUGUGUCUGCCAUCAGCGACACAGAGACGCCAAAUAGCUCUCAGACCCUGUCCUGUGCUGACCACGACAAGGAGGUGCUGGAGAGCCCAGCAGGGCCGGCUCCUUCUGAAAACCGAAAACCCAAACGAGUGAGGAUCUCCAUGGCGGACUCUACUGAAGUGGAAGAUGGCAUGACCCCAUCAGACAUAGCAGAGUGGGAGGAGCAGCAGCUUGAUGAGCCUGUGGAUUUCAAGAACUGCAAGAUUGAUCCCGCUCCCUUUCAGCUGGUGGAGCAAACAUCUCUGCACAAGACUCACACCAUCUUCUCUCUGCUGGGUCUGGAUCACGCGUAUGUGACCAGCAUGGGACGUCUGGUUGGAGUGGUUUCUCUCAAAGAGCUGCGCAAGGCCAUCGAGGGCUCAGUGACAGUGACUGGAGUAAAAGUGCGCCCCCCGUUGGCCAGUUUCCGUGACAGUGGGAACAGCACCAGCGUAUCCGAGGUAACAGAACUACACAAGCUGUGUAUCCGCCACAGGGGGCUCUCGUUGCCAAGGGAACCCAACCCUCCAGACGUGGCGGACCAGCCAGAUCUCUCGUACAAAGAGAUCCCCGUCAACUUCUCGGACCAAUCAAAUUUGCAGUUUGAAACCAGCCCCGGGGACGUCUCAAGUCAGUCGUCGGAGCUGGUGCUCCAGGAGAGUCCGUCGUUCACCGAGGACCCAUCGGACUUUACUUUUGACUGCAGCCCCUCCCACACUGAGGAGUCAGAGCUGGCCUGUGACUAUGACCCCCCCACCCACACUCCAGAGCCGGACGACACGGAACAAGCACAGGGGAGUCCAUCUCUGAACAACGACCAAUCAGAACCUGAGGGACAGGGUAUCCCCGUCCACACUAAGGACCAAUCAGAAUGAUCAGAGGGGAUCCAUGCUGCCGCCUCAUGAAUGUUGACGUUUCUUACAUUUGUAGAGGUCACUCUCACCUCCAAGUCCAGCCUAGAUACCCGUGUUUCUAACGUUGUUGUGUGAGCGAGCGAGUGAGAGUGAGCAUGAGUGCAUGUGACAUAUCACGAUCGUCUUGUGUUUCUUUCAGUUUUAAAGGAUGAAGCUGGUUUUAUUCUAUAUUUUUAUUACUGUCAACAAAUCCCAUGAACACAACAAAACCUUUAACGGGUUUGUCUUUUUCUGACUUCCCUGUACCGUCUGUGGCUCUUUGAUUCCUAUUGAAGACGCACAUCUUUAAAGAGGAACGCCACCGAUUACACAUCAAAGUCUGUUUUCAGGUGUUGCGGUGUACUGCUGCAUAAGUGAAAAAAAAGCUUUAUAAAGCCUUUUGUGAAGUCUGAUAAACUGAUACAACUGGGUUAGGACUACAAAUUUGAAAAUGUGGAGGUUGGAGCAUAACGCACCCAAAUCACCGACCCAACUGUCGGCGGUCGAGUAGCAUUGUGGGUAAUGUAGGCACCAGGUUUUGACAAUCAAGUAGAAAAAAACAAAACAAUCUUUGAACCUUGAUUCAAACUGUCCAUUGUGAGACUGACAAUGUUAAAGGAAAGCAUCUAAUAAUGGACCUCAAGGUGACAUUAUUGAAGUCAAUUCCUAAACAACCUGGACACUGUAGGUUAUAUUACCCAAACAAGAGCAACUCGUGCAUUUGUUGGGGACUAUUUUCAGCCGUGGAUUUGCUGCUCUAGUGAGCAGAAGGAUGGUUUAUGUGAGAUUUGUCUCUGAAAUAAACUACAAUGCACAUGUUUAUUGUAAUGAAGGAACAUGUGUUUUUUGGAGCUCUAUGGCACAUUGAAAUGAACGCUAGCAGGCUUUGGCUACAAAGACAACACUACUUUGGUCUUUUCAUGGCAUUUGUUGACAAUAAGAAAAGUCUAGAAUAUUGCUGUGUGUGUGUGAGAGUGAGAGAGAGAGUGAGAGAGAGAGUGAGAGAGAGAGAGAGAGAGAGAGAGAGAGAGAGAGAGACUUUUUGACACUUUCCAUGGUCAGAUCUUUGACUCUUAAACAUAAUUUGAGUCUUCAUGCCAAAAUAACAUUCUGUAAACAUGACGUCAACUACAUUACAAGGACAGAAGAAGAAAAAAAGUCAGACACAAAUAAAGGAGGGGGAACAAUAAUAGAUCAAAUAAUAGACAAGAAAGCACAGAAGAACAAAUGAGCACAUGAUGGUAUGAAUUUAAACUACUACCUAUUCACUAGCACUGGACCAAUAUACCGGAAAGUGGCUGAUAAUAUUAAGAUAUAGUGGUGUUGGUUUAUAUGUUGGCUGAUAUGCAAUACAUUUACAGUAAUAAUGCAGUAAAAGGUGGUUUAAUAGCAA